AUGAACGAAUACCCGGCAGAACCCCUAAAAACCCUCGUAGAUUCCGGAGCAACCUCCAACUUUAUCUCCCCAAGUAUAGUGGAAAAAUUAAAAAUCCCAAAAACCCUACUUGAAAAUCCACGAGUAGUGAGAAUGUUAGAUGGUACUAUUUCACAGACUGGUCGCAUUUGGCACCAGGUUCACCUCGCGGUCUUGGCCAAUGGCCAUAUUCACUCCAUCCCUUUCCUCGUUUGCCCCAUCGGCAACACUUUGGCUAUAUUAGGCAUGACAUGGCUCACUUCAGAAUCUCCGCUCAUAGACUGGCAACAGGGUCUAAUCACGUUCCCAGAGCAGGUACAGAUUGCUUCAGAAGAAGAAGCGGACCCGGACCCUCUAGCAGACCUUCCCUCUCAGUAUCACGAAUUUGCUAGAGUAUUUGGCGAAGAGGAGUUCAAGGUCCUCCCUCCCCAUAGGGAAUACGACAUCUCAAUUGAUCUCACCCCAGAAGCCAAACUCACACCAGGUCCAAUCUACGGCAUGACCAAUGCGGAAUCUAAGGCACUGAAGCAACAUAUUGAUGAGGAACUAGCCACGGGCAAGAUUCGCCCCAGUACUUCAUCAGCAGGCGCCCCAGUAAUGUUUGUAAAGAAGGCAGAUGGAUCCCUACGACUGGUUGUGGACUACUGGAAGUUAAAUGAUGUCACCCAGAAAAAUGUCUACCCACUCCCCAGACAGGAUGAUCUGAUGGCCAAGCUUAGGAACGCAAAGCUAUUUACCAAACUAGACCUUUGUUGGGGCUAUAACAAUGUCAGGAUUAAGGAAGGAGAUGAGUGGAAGACGGCAUUUAGGACCAAGUAUGGGUUAUUUGAAUACCUGGUCAUGCCCUUUGGUCUCACCAACGCCCCGGCCGCCUUCCAACAUUUCAUGAAUGACUUGUUUAGAGACCUCAUUGAUGUCACAGUGGUGAUUUACUUGGACGACAUCCUUAUCUUUUCAGAAGACCCCAAGAAGCAUCCAGAACACGUUAGGGAAGUCUUAUCGAGACUAAUGAAAAACCAGUUGUUCUGCAAGCUCUCUAAGUGUCACUUCCACGUCACCACAGUCGACUACCUUGGUAUUGUCAUAUCCCCUGCAGGCUUCUCCAUGGACCAGAAGAAGAUUGAGGCUGUUACAUCAUGGCCCCAACCCAAAACGGUCAAGCAGGUCCAAGCCUUCCUAGGAUUUGAAGUCCCAUGGUCUUGGGAGGUCCAAGAGGAAGAAGCUUUUCAGGAAUUGAAGUCCCUAGUCACCCGUUCCCCGGUCCUAAUCCACUCGAACCCAGACCUUCCCUAUUACCUAGAGACGGAUGCGUCAGGCGUAGCUAUGGGAGCCAUCCUGAGCCAACGGGGGGAAGAUAACCGCCUUCAUCCUAUUGCCUACAUGUCCAAAUCCUUCUCAGGAGCCAAAGCAAAUUACGACACCCAUGACAAGGAGCUUCUGGCAAUUAUCAAGGCAUUAGAGGAAUGGCGAAUUUUCCUAGAAGCAACGGACAGACCAAUCCAGGUUUUCACAGAUCAUAGAAACCUGGAAUAUUGGAUGCAGGCACGGACAUUUAACAGAAGGCAUGCACGUUGGCGGAUCUUCCUGAGCGACUUUAACUUUGAGAUCCACUAUCGCCCAGGGAAACAAUCAGGAAAACCGGAUGCUCUCUCCAGAAGAUCGGAUUACAUUGAUAUGGCACCAGAACCAGAAGUCAUGUUGCCCGCAGAAGUCUUCGCCAACACGUCAGAAGAAGAACUGGAAAUUGUCACAGAGAUCCGCGCCAAGCUUAGGGAGGACCCAUCCCUUGAUCCCAUUAUCCAAUUCCUCACAGAAGAUGCAGACAACGCUCCCCCUUCAAUUCGUAAGGCAUAUCAAGAUUAUGACUGGGAUGAAGGCCUCCUCUGGUACCGUGGGAAACUAGUUGUCCCAGACUCGGAAACCCUGAAAGAACGACUACUCAAGGAAUUCCACGACUCACCCCUGGCAGGGCACCCUGGACAACAAAGGACCCUGGAGCUCCUAAGCCGCAACUACUGGUGGCCAGGUAUGAAGUCAUCUGCCAAGGAAUGGGUAGAAUGUUGUCCUACCUGCCAAGCCAAUCGCCGCGCUCACGCCCCUGUCAUUGCCCUGAAACCCUUGGAAGUCCCCCCAUUCCCGUUCCACACAAUCUCCUACGACUUCAUCACAGGAUUUCCAAAAUCUAACGGGCACGAUGCAAUCUUGGUAGUAAUUGACUCCUUCUCCAAGUUUGGACAUUUCAUCCCAACUUCCAAAAAGGUCACCGCAAAGGGUCUUGCUGACUUGUUCAUCACUCACGUCUGGAAACUCCACGGGUUGCCUGUCAAAACCAUCUCAGACCGGGGGACUACCUUCACAGGGAAAUUCUUGAGGGCAUUAUAUCAGCGACUUGGGGUCAGACCUGCAUUCUCCUCGGCUUACCACCCAGAAUCAGACGGACAAACGGAAAGGGUCAAUCAAUUUAUCGAAUUCUACCUGCGCUCUUACGUUGCAGCCGACCAUUCUGAUUGGGCCGCGUGGCUACCACUGGCAGAAUACGCAUACAAUAAUGCCAAGCAUGGAGCAACCGGGAAGUCACCAUUCGAGCUUGUCUAUGGGCGAAAUCCAGUCAUGAACCCGUCCAAUGUGCCAGCCAACGUCCCAGAAGCUGACACGGUAGCAGAUACACUAGCCCGGGAGUGGAAAGAAGCGGAAUCAGCCCUCCAAAUGAGUAAAGAACGUAUGGCCAGGAGCCAAGGAAUAAUACCGGAAUUCUCAAUAGGCGAGAAAGUCUGGCUGGAUGGAAAGAAUGUGGGCCUUAGGACCAAUUCAAAUAAACUGGACCCAAAACGCCUUGGUCCCUUCAAGGUCAUAGAAAAAAUCUCCAGCCACGCCUACCGCCUGGAACUGCCGGAAACCCUGAAAAUCCAUAACGUCUUCUAUGUCGGGUUACUGUCAAAAAGCCAUGAAUCACCCAGUCAGCCAUUCCCAGAACGACCUCCCCCUGAGACAAUAGAGGGGGAGGAGGAAUACAAAGUUGAACAGAUCAUUGACUUGAAACGCCAACGGGGAAAAUGGCUAUAUCUGAUAAAAUGGAAAGGAUACGGCCCGGAGGACAAUUCAUGGGAACCGGAAGAACUGUUGGAACAUAGCCAAGAAGAGAUCAAGCGCUUCAACCAAGCAAGACUCAGAAAGGCUCGUGACGCCGCCAAGAGCCUUUAA